CACGCACGAAGAUCGAUCCAAUGUAUUAUUUACGGCCGAAACUUCAGCAACUUAUCCACUGGAUAUGGCUCCCGGUGUGAGGAGUGGGCGACGGGCAGGUCACCCCAGAGUAUCGGUGGUGGUGGGAGCCGGAGGAGACGACCCCGGUGGGCGCCCUGAUGCCGGAGGAGAGGGGAGGUGUUUGAGGACCAGGUGGCGAACCGGAGCAGCGGGGAUGCUCGGGCACUGUGUGCUGUCUGUGGGAAUGCUUUUACUUGUUGUCCGGUGCGCUGUGGCCGCAGAGGAAAAGCCCACCUAUGAUGCCUCUGGCUCCUCUUCCUUUUCAAGCGACCCUGCUGUCACAGCUGCUUCUGCACAUCCAUUGGCUGGCCUGUCGGUGGCAGAGGAGGUGCCUUUCUCAGUCGUCCAUUCGAAUGGUGAUUCGGAGUCUGAGGUGGAAAGUUUAUCAGGGCAGCCCGCCUUCUCUUCUGUCUUAACUGUCAUGGCAGGAACUGUCAAACAUCCAGUGAGCCUUGAUCAAAGUCGAACCUCGCCGACUAUCACCAGGGACGACACCCACACCACCCAAUGGCCUUCACAUAGUUCCAGCCAGGGCUCAGAGAUGUCCUCCUCUUUCUCGUCGUCUGCGGGAGACAGGAUCCUACCUGCCAGCUCAGAGGCAGGGGCGGACGACUUGACCGCUGGAACGUCCAGAGCAGUUGCGCUCACUUUCCCCAAAGAAAAAGUGGCCAGUCUAGCCCCCUCUCAAUCAGUCAGAAUCACCCUUUCUGCUGGGCCCACCGAGAGGACAUCUCAGGUAUCACCUCUGCCCCCUCACCAGGACACCACGACGGCCUCAGUAGAGGUUACCACCACGACUGUAGCUUCGACCACCAAAACGAUGGACCCCAGUACUACCAUGCCUUCCCUGAGAGUCACCACACAGUCUACUACCACCACGACCACACCACAGCCCACACCUGCAACCAGGAGAACGACGACCACCACAGCCAUCAGAACUCAAACCAGCAGGAGGACCUUCACGCCGCCUGUCCCCAGAACAAGCCCACCCAGGGCAACCACUACAGUCUUUAUUUCCCCGUUCACCACCACCACAGAGGCUCCACCACAGCAGUGCAACAUCACAGAGAGGCUGUGGGUGAAAACAGUUGUUUCCAUCUAUGUGAGAAGAAACAGACUGGACAGCAUUCAGAGGCAGAACCUGAGGAGGGGACUCAGCCAGGGUCUCAGAAAAGCUCUGAAUGAUAGUUCAGCCCAGGCUCAAGUGGAGACGGUAUUCGGAUCCCCAAACAUGACAGUGGCCUAUCAUGUGACCGGAGGCGACACGGUUUACGUUCCCUCUGUAGUACUGGAAGGCUUGAACUCCUAUGGCCGUGAUAAGCUGAUUGCAGAUCUGCGACAGUACCUCCCCAUGGUCACAGCACUGCCCCUCCCGGUGACAACGUGGAGACCCAUACCAGCCACCGGCUUUCAGCUCAAAACAGUGCUGCAGUUUGUGGGAGAUGGGGAUGAUCCUCGAUCCUGCCGGUUCUCUCAAAUGAUGGAGCAGAGGCUGGAAAAGGUGUUUUCAGAAGCACAGGCCAAAGUGCUCAAAGUCAGCAGCAGGAUCUCUGUUCAGAUGCUGAGUGUCUCUCAGGCUGCAAACUCUCCACACGUGUCAUUGGUCUACACUGUGAAGAAUGGGACUCUCUUCCUUAACGGCACCACUGCCUCAAACCUCCUCGGUCAGCUGUCAGCUGAGCUGGUGGGCUACUUCCUCUUCUAUCCACCACUUAUCAUUGCUGAGCCGCUGGAGUAUCACAAUCUGAACACCUCUGUUGCCACCAGAGAAUUCUGGGUAAUUACAGUGAUCCAGGAUGUGGAUAACGCCAGCCUGGAGGGACAGUACCAGAGCUUUGCCAGUCUAAUGGAGCAGCGGCUGGCAGAGCUUUUUGUGUUGGCAGGGCAGCAGGGCACUCGAUUCAGACGAGCUACUGCUGUAGACGGCUACACUGUCCAGAUGGUGAGCAUCCGCAGGGUUUCAGGGUUGAAAAAUCCAGCAGAGAUGACCUAUUACGUCCAGCACAAUGGCGUUCCUUUAUCCGGCACAUCAGCCGCCAAGGUCCUGAACACAGUGGACUCUCAGACCAUGGCGCUCACCCUGGGCUACUUUGUCCAGCUGCAGGCGGAACCUGUGGUGAAAAAUCCUCCUAAUAACCUUUGGAUACUUGCUGCAGUGCUGGCCCCCAUCGCUGUGGUAACACUCAUUAUCAUCAUCAUCACAGCUGUGCUGUGCAGGAAGAAUAAAAAUGACUUUAAAGCCGAUGCCAUCGGCAACCUCAAUCCCCGAGCUAAGAUGGCGUACCGGCGAGAUGUGGGCUAUUAUCACCAGCCGGUCCAGGGCUUCGAUUAUGCCAAGCAGCACCUGGGCCAACAGGGAGGGGAUGAGGAGACCCUGCCUGCCAGCCAGGAUACCUUAGUGAUGUCGCUACAAAUUCGGGACACUCCACUCUCUCUAGAAAAGGCCCUGCAGCAGGAUGGGACAGUUGGCAAGAAGAGCCUGACCUCUGAUAAACACAAAAGCAAGUUGCCGAGCGAGGACGGUUCCGUCAUCAGCAACGAAUCAGAGAAGCUGAAUUCCGGCAGGGCCUUGUCAGUGCUGAAAGUCACAGCACAGCAGAAACUGACAAAGGAGGAGACGCGGAAGAGGGACGAUCCGUAUGACACCUCCUCUGGCUCCCUGCAGCUCAUCUCCAUAAAGCCCAUGGCAGCUCAGCCCAACUACUCGCACCCUGCGUCGUCUGACCGCAGUCACGAGUCAGCAGUCGUCAACGGAGAGGUGAACUUGGCUCUGAAACAGAAGUCAGAUAUCGAGCACUACAGAAACAAGCUGAGGCUGAAGGCUAAGAGGAAGGGUUAUUACGACUUCCCCUCCACAGAUGGCAGCAGCAGCGGCCGAGCCCUGGCACAGAGACAGCGGCAUGGCCAUGAGAGGGCAGCUGGUGAGCAUGGCAGACCACUGGAGCCUGAUGAUGAGCGGGGCUCCACAUUUGUCAAGUCUCACAGGAGGCAAUCCCAGGUGGGGCAGACAGCCUAUCGCAGCAGACAGAGUCUGAGCAGUCCCAGUCCUGGAGGAACAGAGAUGGACUUGCUUGUUAUGAGGGAGAGACCCAGAAGAGGCAUCCGCAACAGUGGCUAUGAUACCGAGCCUGAGUUAAUCGAGGAGACGAAUGUAGACCGUCUGAUGGGUCCUCGGGGGUACAUGUACGGCCGGGGCUUGAAAGGCCACUCAGAGACUUCCACUCUGAGCUCACAGCCGUCCAUUGAUGAAGUCAGACAGCAGAUGCACCUGCUGCUGGAGGAGGCAUUCAGCCUAGCUUCAGGGGGGCAGUCCACAUCCGGGCGACACUCCCAUCACCACCACCACCCGCCUCCAGACCACUACAGCCCCGGACCACCUCCCCUGCCCUAUGCAGAGGUGGUGACCAGUGCGCCUGGUACAAUGACAAGUGGACGGGGUGGCCUGCAGUGGGUACCAUCUUAUGGCUCAGACGUGUAUCAGUGCAGCCUGCCUAAACCGGCCUUUCACUUUACCCAGCUCCCUGAGAUGGCCAUGAGUUCUCCUCCCCCUUUACCGCCUCGCACUGGUCCUCCUCCUGGAACAUCCUUAAGGCGUUCCACUUCUGACUUGGGGCCUAAGGGAAGGAGCUCGGAGAAAUCUGUCACUGAAAUGCAGAGUCAACACGACAACAACCCGUAUGGGCCAACGACCAGAGCAGCACUCCCAUCCAUCACUGCAGAGCAGCCUGUGUCCAACUACUCAGGAAACCCAAUAACAGCCGUCUACGCCAUCCCAGCCAGCAGGCCCGGCUACUCAGAAUACUUUGUCUCCACCCCACCCACCUCCUACCACAGUCCCUCCUGGAUGUCCUAUCCACCAGAGCCUGAGGAUGUGCCACCACAGUGGGCAGACUCUUUGCCCCUGCCUGGAUAUGUAGAGGCUUUUCCUCAUCCUCGAUAUCCACAGGGGAGCCCCACCAGGCUGCCCCUGGAGUAUAGCCCGGCACUGGAGCCACCGCCUGCUGCCCCUAGCACAGCGUCCAAGCAAAGCAUGCAGCAGGUGGUGAAGGACAUAGACAGCAUGCCCCUGAGCAGCCUCUCCACCUCUGCACUGGUGCAGGCUAUCCGGCAGGAGGUGGCCAAGCUUGCGAAGAAGCAGAAUGACAUGUUUGAAUUCUAGUUUGAAUUCUGCCCCACUGUGUGCUGGAGAGGGUGUUCAACAGAGGCACAGAGAGGUGGUGCUCCUUCGGACUGAUUUUUGAUGUUUGUACUGUAAAAGAGACUGAUCUUUACCCACUGAUUACCCACUGAUUGAUUUCUUUUCAUAUGCCAUCGGUGAUUUGAGGAUCCUUAUUUAAAGGAACAAAAAAGUUUCUUUUUUUAGAAAAAAUAUCUGUCCUCUAUCAAUGAUGUCCCUAGUAACUAAAUGCAUCUCUUCUUUGUAGAUAUGUCAAUAGGAUUCGCUAUGAAAAAUGCGAUUUCUUUCCAAAAUUAGACAUUUUUUGUGAUCGAGCCUCAGCUGAGAGGAGAGAACAAGUAGCAUCAUUGUCUGUACUGAGAGGACCAAAUACUCCCUGUCAGAUGGUUCAGUAUAAACUGCAGUGUAUGUGAGCAUGUACAGUAUAAGGACAUCAUGUGUCUUUAUAUCCUUUGUAGACCAUUUGCUUCUGUAUGAAUAUCUGCAUUUGUUUCAGUUCAUUAUACUAACAAUACCAUGUCUGUUUACCACAUUUCAGUUUCAGUUUCAGAGAAACCAGAAUAACAAACAACCCGGGUGGUCCUUGGUUCUCAAAUAAUUAAAAGGGAUUUAUAUUGUUAUUCCCUUUAAUUAGCAAAUGGGCUUGAUUAAAUAUGUGUUUACAGCACUUUUAUUAAACCACUACUAAAGUGGCAUUUAUGAUGAG